GGCGGGGCCCGGCUGGGCUAUGGUAGCGCGCGGGCAAUUCGCGCGGUAGCGGAAUCGGGACCGGGUGACUCAGACCCAGCAGCAGCACCAUGGCGAGCUCAACACAGGGCCUCCCCAGCGCCGAGCUCUGGGCCUCCCACAACAAGAUGGUGAUGGAGCCACUGGACACCAACGACCCCGAGGUGCACAGCAUCAUCAAGAAGGAGAAGCAGCGGCAGAGGCUGGGGCUGGAGUUAAUUGCAUCGGAGAACUUUGCAAGCCGGGCAGUCCUGGAAGCCCUGGGAUCCUGCAUGAACAACAAAUACUCUGAGGGCUACCCAGGACAGAGGUACUACGGUGGGACAGAGUUUGUGGAUGAGCUGGAGAGGCUGUGCCAGAAGCGAGCCCUGCAGGCUUACCGGCUCGACCCCCAGAAGUGGGGAGUCAAUGUCCAGCCCUACUCAGGGUCACCUGCAAACUUUGCGGUGUACACGGCCCUGGUGGAGCCCCACGGCAGGAUCAUGGGGCUGGACCUGCCCGAUGGCGGCCACCUCACCCACGGCUUCAUGACAGACAAGAAGAAGAUCUCUGCCACCUCUGUCUUCUUCGAGUCCAUGCCCUACAAGGUCAACCCCAAGACUGGUUACAUCGACUAUGACAAGCUGGAGGAGAACGCCCGGCUCUUCCACCCCAAGCUGAUCAUAGCAGGUGUCAGCUGCUACUCGCGGAACCUGGACUACGCCCGCAUGCGGAAGAUCGCCGACGACAACGGGGCCUACCUCAUGGCCGACAUGGCGCACAUCAGCGGGCUGGUGGCCGCCGGCGUGGUGCCCUCGCCCUUCGAGCACUGCGACAUCGUCUCCACCACCACCCACAAGACCCUGCGGGGCUGCAGGGCCGGCAUGAUCUUCUACCGCAAAGGCACCCGCAGCGUGGACCCCAAGACAGGCAAGGAGACCCUCUACAACCUGGAGAGCCUCAUCAACCAGGCGGUGUUCCCAGGGCUGCAGGGAGGCCCACACAACCACGCCAUUGCAGGGAUCGCCGUGGCGCUGCAUCAGGCCAUGACACCCGAGUUCAAGGCUUACCAGCAGCAGGUGGUGGCCAACUGCAAGGCACUCUCAUCAGCACUGAUGGAGAUGGGCUACGACAUCGUCACAGGGGGCUCUGACAACCACCUGAUCCUGGUGGACCUGCGCAGCAAAGGCACAGACGGCGGCCGGGCCGAGCGGGUGCUGGAGCUCUGCUCCAUCGCCUGCAACAAGAACACAUGCCCUGGUGAUGUCAGUGCCCUGCGGCCCAGCGGCCUCCGCUUCGGCACGCCGGCUCUCACCUCGCGCGGCUUCCGGCAGGACGAUUUCCGAAAGGUGGCCCAGUACAUCCACAAAGGGAUCGAGCUGGCUCUGCGUGUGCAGAAGGACAUGAGUCCCAAGGCCACGCUGAAGGAAUUCAAGGACAAAUUGGAGGACCCAAAAUACCGUGGGGAGCUGAAGGCACUGAAGGAAGAGGUAGAAGCCUUUGCAGCCACGUUCCCGCUCCCGGGGCUGCCUGUCCUGUAAAGGGACACAGCCAUGCCUGCCCCUGGAGCCAUGGAGUACCUGGGAUCAUGGCACACCCACACUGCCCAGCCUGAGACCAACACCCCAGUGCCUUCUCCCAGCACUUCCCUGUGGAACUGCAGCAGCAGCUCCUCCUUUGGCUCUUACUCCCCUUUCCCCUCCCAUGUGGGGCGCAGGGACCCCAUGAGUACAAUCCCUGUGGGGACACCAGCCCUUCACUGCUGUGUCACUGAGCACCAGGUCACCCUCACCUCAGGGCCAGCUCCUGCUGGCUGUGGAGCAGCAGAUGAGAUGUAGGUUGGUCUAUCCACAUUCCCUGGACACCCUGCCCAUGGCAGUGUGAGAGACAGGGGCUCCAGCUUCACCAGGAAUGUCACAGCCACUAAAAGUCCCCCUAGUUUCAGCCUCAAGGAUUCCCCUUCAUCCUAUGUGCCUUGCCACCUCCACAGCUACGACAAGGCCAAACCUUGUCCUGAACAUCCCUCCUGGGAUCACCAUCUCAUCCUAACCAGAUCCUCCAGUAUUUUCUCAGAGCCCUUGGCACAAAGGUUGAACCAUUUUUUAAUAAGCACGGUAAAAUUAAGAAUUUAACCACAACUUACGACAAAAAUUAUAAGCUUUAAAAAAUACGACCAAUUUUUUUUUUUUUUUUUUUUUUUUUUGUAUUUCAAAAAUAUCUGAACCCAAAUAAAUAUUUUUUUU